GAUGAGGAAGAGGAAGAAGAAUCAUCAGAAGCAUCUGGCUCGGAUGAAGACGGAUCGUGGAUUACUUGGUUUUGCAGCCUCCGGGGCAAUGAAUUCUUCUGCGAAGUCGACGAAGACUACAUUCAGGAUGACUUCAAUCUAACCGGACUCGCAUUAGUUGUACCGUAUUACGAGUACGCCUUGGAUAUGGUCUUGGAUGUAGAGAUGCCAAUGGAAGAUUCUUUGACAGAGGCGCAGCAAGAAAUUGUUGAAUCAGCGGCAGAAAUGCUAUACGGCCUGAUCCAUGCUCGCUACAUUGUCACCAACAGGGGCAUGCACGGCAUGUACGAGAAGUACCGAACUGCUGCGUUUGGGCGUUGUCCACACGUCUUUUGCCAGGGACAGCCUGUCCUACCAGUGGGGCUUUCCGACCUGCCUCGAAACUACACCGUCAACGUUUUCUGCCCACGAUGCCACGGGCUUUUUUUCCCGAAAUCUACCAGGCAAGCUAACAUUGAUGGUGCCUAUUUUGGAACUACUUUUCCUCAUCUUUAUCUGAUGACACAUCCGGACAUGAUACCGACCAAACCCACACAAGAAUAUUGUCCAAGGGUGUACGGUUUUCGAGUCCAC